AUGCAUUGGAAUAAAACAUGUUUGGAAUCUGCUUUUUCAAACGACCUUGAAAGCACCCAAUCACAGCGUCCUGGUGCUGUGGUUCAACUGGCUGAGCACCCGCAGGACUCCAACAGGCUUCUUAUUGGCUACUCGUCUGGACUCUUGGUGCUAUGGGAUCUUCGAGCCAAAGCUGCUGAAGUGCGUUUCCAGUAUCACGAGACGUUAUACAGUUUUGCCUGGCACUGGGAGGGCAAAGGCUUUGUCUCGGCACACAGUUCGGGUACCAUCGUCACCUGGGCCCUAAACCAGCCCAAGCGGCCCCAAUCUAUCUGUCCACAUGCUGGGGACGACGACGUAUCCAACUCUCAAUUUUCGUUUGAACCCAUUCGCUGUGUCCAAUGGCUUCCGACCAAAACAGGGGAGUCCAUAAUCGUCUUCUCCGGUGGAAGUCGUCGGGACUGCCUGGAUGCUGUCAUCGAUGAGGAGGGGAAUUACACGACACCCAGCAUCACCAUCAUGCGUGGAAAACGUCUGGCUGUCAUGCAGAUGGACUUCAACGUUGUCACCUUUACCACUCUCUGCACCUCGCCCUACUUCAAUGAAACUUGCGAUCCAUAUGCGGUAGCCGUCUUGCUGCAACAAGAUCUUGUCCUCGUGGAUCUCUUGACACCGGGGUACCCCAGUUUUGAGAAUCCCUACCCCAUGGACAUUGCCGUCACACCAGUGACAUCAUGUUAUUACGUCGUCGACUGUCCGUCCGAUCUUGUUCCGGCUUUUUAUGCUGUCGGCAGUCGUGUUCGUACAAGCCGCUACUUUGAUCGAUCGGUAAUGCCACACGUGACCUCACUUUCUUCCCGUGGCGGCAACUUUAAUCCCUGCACCACCCUUAACCAGUCUUCCUGUAUCACACCGGAUCAGCUCUACGCCAACGCCGUUGUCGAACCCUUGGCCAUUCGACACAUCCGCUUCUGCGUGGAGUCCCGCACCCUCCUCCUUGCCGGUCAGAGGCACCUCUGCCUUCUCUCAUUCUGUCGCAGCGAGUCUGCUUUUGAAAUUCCCGUUCUGGAUAUCUAUCUGCAGUACGAGGAAGACCAAGCUGUCGAACCCCCGGUUGGGAUCGUAGACGAAACCAGUUCCCUUGUGAGUUCCUCCUCUGGACGUCGGGGCACUCCACAGGUUCCCGCAAACUCCACAUCGUAUUCGACAUCUCCUGUCCAAGCUCACACCGAAAAGGAGGGCAAAGUUUCUGUCAUAGUACGAGCAGGAGUGCGCGAAUGGAAUGCUGGCUAUCAGCCUUCCCUCAUCUGCCGUCUGGCUGCUCCAAAUCUGUUUCUUUCACCGUCCGAAGUCGGCGCAACUGGCUACACUUCCAACCCUUCACCAAUCUCUGCUAUUGCUCUUACCUCCGCCACAAAUUUAUUCGCUUUUGGAACAGAUGGAGGUAUAACAGUUGUUGAUUACUAUCAGGGCACUUGCCUUGUCUGCGUAGCUGCGCCCGAGCUCGAAGCUCUGGAUCCGCUCGUCCGCUCACGACCAAAGUCUUCCUCACGAUUUGCCAACUCUGGAAACGGCUCUAAAACAACCGCGGCUGUUUCCAUCGCUUCCUCAGGUGGAACAAGCAACAAUCAGUCUUCCCCGCCAACAUUGCCAAAACAAAAAUCCACUAUUUUACCCCACUCACCACCGCCGCCAAUAGGGAAAACUGCCAGUUCAUGGCACUUAUUUCGUUUACCCUGGAAACGUCGAGCCACCAAUACCAGUUUUCAUCAUCCACUUCGCAAAAUCUAUCGAUCUACGGGAAGACGUUUUUCAUCUAUUAUGGCCCCAAUGGAUUCUGCCUCUCCUCAAAGCGCCCAAAACCCAAGCCUUACCACACGCUGGCUUAUUUACUUUCACUCCAAUCGUGCCUCUCAAAAGCAGCAACGUCAGAUGUCGACCCUGCCAGAAGCUCCUAUCCUCCGAAUUUUUGAUUUCCGAGGUACCGAUAAGGCGAAGCCGAAAAUUAUCUCGGUGGCUUCUCCAGAGACCUCAAUCCACGAGACGCUAAAUGCUCAAUCCAGUCAGUAUGGCUCACCCCCAACUAAGUCAGCUCAGGAAAUGCUCAUUUCCAUGGGCAGUUCUGAGAUGGCAGUGGGCACACCAUCACGACUGACUGCGCUGUCGCGCGGUUCAACACGCACGGAUUUGAAAAGGGCCAAAUCACAAGGUUUGAGCAUGCCACAAAGUGCCACCUCCAUUUGUGCAUGGCUAAUGUCAUUAGAGUUGAACUGCAUGAACCUGCCUGCUGCUGACAAGUACGGUGACUCCCCAUCCCAGCGACAAUCAGACACGUCUGAACAGAGUUCAAUUGACCAGUCUGUGCUGGAGGGAAUUCGGACACUUGCCUUUGUUGAUAUGAGCGAUCGUAAGAACGAACCUUCCCUUUGGGUGGGAACUAAUCGUGGAUCUGUAUUUGGUUUCACUUUGGAUACUUCGGAAGACUCAAAUUCGCUUGCCCCUGGUUAUAAUCUCUUGGGUUCCCUUUUCAAAUUCGAUGGCGAGGUUGUCUACAUCGGUUUUGGGAAUUCCCAAGGUGAAAUGUGCACUGCUCCUUCGGUAAAAUGGGAUGCCGGUAGCAGUGCAGUGCCUCGCCUAACUCUGGUUCCCCAUCUGGAAGAAACUGCAGAAUCUACUGAAUUCAAAAGCGGUGAAGGCGUCGUCAAUGCGUCCGGUUUCGCUGCCAGCGAAUCUGCUGCUUUUCGACGUCUAGGAUGUCCUACACCGAAUUCUCCAAUGUCAUCCGGGCGUGCAGGAAACAAGUGGAAGUCCAAUGGACCUCAUGGCACACCUAUACCGCCAGGUUUGACACACAGUGGAAAUCAGGGAAUGGGUGGAACUGUAAAUUCUCAGGAAGAGGUACCUUCCAGUUCUGGAAGCAAUCAAUCCUCAUUAGACUCGGCUGAUCGCUACUUCAUGGUGGUGAUUUCGGAAAAGCAUGCGCAGGUCAUUGGGUUCCCAUCUAGAAAUUGCUACAACAGGGUGAAAAUCACCGAGACCAGUGCAGUGAUCCGCGCGGAGAUGAGCAAUCAACGAAUGCCUUUCUCAACUUCAAUCUCCGCCUCACAGUUCUCUACGGCUACACCGACAACAGUGCUCUUCAUAUCCUGCCUACUCUCCAACGGCCAUCUGAUCGCCUUCUCAUUGCCAUCGCUGCGCAUCCUGAGUGACGUGGAGGUUGUCGGCAAACCAUUCCAUCAGACUCUAUUUACCUUCGGCAACCUUGGCUAUGCUAUCUACAUGUCGUCUCCCUCUGAACUCGCCAAAAUAUCCGUGUCUGCUGAUCUGAGCAAUAACCUCAGCGAGAUGCAAGGCGAGCUGUUCUUGCCCUGUAACAUGCCAGAACCGCCGAAGAAGAACUUCUUUACCAAUCUCUUUACCGGCAAUGGGCUAUCGUCGGCGGAUAAGGAUGCAUUGUGUUAG